GCGGGGCGGGGGUAGGACAUAUAUGAGUGUGAUCACCGGUGAAGCUGCUCCAGUUAAACGGGCUUCUCCAUUUGUGCUGACACCGGAGGGAAACCUUAAAUCGCUGGUGCUUACUCUGCAACAGGAACAUCACCAGCUCCACUGCAGAGAGGUGGGGGGGAGAAGAACACACGUGCACAAAUCAGCUCACAUGUAACAGUAGCUGGAGUAAAGGGUGACUCGUAGACCACAGUGUAGAGAGAGUGGUUUUUUGGCUUCACUACGCAUGGUCUUUAUUGACGUCAGGAGAAGCGGACCAGCGCUGCGCAUUGGCACAGCAACCACAUCGCUCCCAGAGGGAAGAAGACACACAUCACACCAUUUAGCUGUCGUGUGUUGAAGUCACUCAGUACGGUAGGAUGCCUCUCGGAGAGGAGGGAAAUGGAUGGAAAAAGAAGACGUCGGAUGUCAAGGAAAACUACGACUUCAAAGAAGUGCUGGGAACUGGAGCCUUCUCUGAAGUGGUUCUGGCGGAGGAGAAGAGGACACAGAGGCUGGUGGCCAUCAAGUGUAUCCCCAAGAAGGCCCUGGAAGGGAAGGAGAACAACAUCGAGAACGAGAUCGCGGUGCUGCACAGAAUCCAACAUCCCAACAUCGUUUCCCUGGAGGACAUCUUUGAGAGUAGCUCCCACCUGUAUCUGGUCAUGCAGCUAGUGUCUGGAGGGGAGCUGUUUGAUAGGAUUGUGGAGAAAGGUUUCUACACAGAGAGAGACGCCAGUCAACUCAUCCAUCAGAUCUUGGACGCAGUCAAAUACCUUCACGACAUGGGCAUCGUCCACAGAGACCUGAAGCCGGAGAACCUGCUGUACUACAGCAUGGACGAAGACUCCAAGAUCAUGAUCAGUGACUUUGGUCUGUCUAAGAUAGAGGGCGUGGGCAGCGUCAUGUCCACAGCCUGUGGGACACAUGGAUAUGUUGCCCCGGAGGUUCUUGCCCAGAAGCCCUACAGCAAGGCAGUGGACUGCUGGUCUAUAGGAGUCAUUUCUUAUAUUCUACUCUGUGGCUAUCCUCCAUUUUAUGAUGAAAACGACGCCAAGUUAUUUGAGCAGAUUCUGAAAGCGGAGUACGAGUUCGACUCUCCGUACUGGGACGACAUCUCAGACUCAGCUAAAGACUUCAUCUGUCACCUGAUGGAGAAGGAGCCAAUGAAGAGAUACACGUGUGACCAGGCUCUGCAGCAUCCGUGGAUCUGUGGAGACACAGCUCUGGACAAGAACAUCCAUGAAUCUGUCAGUGCUCAAAUCAAGAAGAACUUUGCCAAAAGUAAAUGGAAGCAAGCGUUCAACGCCACAGCGGUGGUGCGACACAUGCGGAGGCUGCAACUGGGCACCAGUGUGGAGGGACCCAGCCAGAUAACUCCCACCAGUCCCUGCCACGGACAUCUGCUCCCAGAGGAGGAGGAGGAGGAAGAGGAGAACGAGGAGGAGGAGGAGGAAGAACUGGGGAACGGUGAAGAAGAGAGCUUGUCUCGUUAUGACGACGGCCGACGUGGAAGCACCGAGGGUAGCGCCGAUCAGGACAGCCUCAGGAGCUGCACCUACUGCUGCAGGUCAGCCAGUCGCAUCUGAAUACAAACAGUUAUAGUCAUUGUGACAAUAUACCCCCGACCCCCCCGACCCCCCCUCAAAGCACGCGGAGCCCACACACCCACCCAGUCUGGCCGGGAUCGCAGUACAGCUAACCCUGGACGCCUGACACGUAGCCGUCCUAUGAGCACGCCCGGCUCACGGCGGUCAGGCGGCGGCGGCGGCUUGUUCAACAUAAUGAGCCGUUGUUGGCUGAAACCUUCAGGACAGAUCAGAAGUCUUAAUCAAAGCUCCGGCUGGCGGCCCAGUGGGAGGCCGUCUCUACGUUCACUCACUGUUCCAACAUUACGUGUCACAUCUACCUCUGAUCGCACUGUCUGUCUGC